GUAUAAUACAUUUGGAGUAAUUAUCCAUGCAGAUAAGGCUGGACAUACACAACUCAAAAGGACAUACACAAAAGUGUAGUACGUACGUAGACAGCUAAGGAGCGAACGAAAAACUAGAAUCUAAGACAGGUUCGUAAUUAUACCAAGAUGAACAGCAAAAUUGGAAUGUUCUUCCUACUUUUCAUAACGAUGACAGCGUGUCAAACAAGCGAUGGGGAAUUUGCAAAUCCUCUACAAACACGAUCCCCGUACACGAUUCAGGUCCCAGUAUCCACGGGGGAUGGUCAAAAGUCAUUUCUUCCCAUAAUCUUGAUAAUUCAGUCUGUAAAACAAAACGACGAUGCCACAAUUUCUUCCAGAAUAUCAACCACACCUGGACGAGAUCGAAAUCCAUCUCAAGAAGGACCAAGAAAACCAUUUUUUCCUUUUUCACCUCCAAAAAUGUCUACAGGUGUGCAUAGGCAAAAUUCUGGCGUCAUAUUUCCAGAGAGCAGUGAAGGUAUAUAUCCGACUUCACGACAACCAACAAGUCGUCCCUGCAUUCAAAUUGUAACAAAAAACGGCAGUAUCGUAUGCAGGCAAUUGUCGGGCUAAAAGUUUAUAUCUAGUUUGACUAUGGAAAAGUAAUAUUUGACAGUCUAUAUACCAAAUCGUGGUUCUUGUAAUAAUUUGAAUGAAAAAUAAAAAGCCUUGGAAAUUGUUCAAAUCUGUCAGAAAUGAAAUUCAUCCAAUUCGAUCUAGCUCCUCAGUCUCACACGUCUUUGCUAUAAUUAAAUUAUGUCCAUUUAUGUAGAUAGUUAUCUUUAGUUAUAAUUUCUCAAAAAUCAAUGCAACUUGACACCUGUAGCCUAAAUUAAUAAGUAUGUCAUUAAACGCUCGCGAGAAAGUUCUUGAACUUAGACAAGCACAGUAUGCACUUAAAAAAUUACGUGAAGAACUGGAGCUGAAAUUUCCUACAUUCGAAGAAGAGUUUCGCACUGAGGCGAUUCAGCAUAAUUUCGACUACAAUGGAAAUGUUGCAUCAAUUAUUGGAAACGAUCUCAUUCACAAUGAUGGAUAUUCAAAGGGGGCGAAAUCCAGGAAAAAGUUGGCACCUAAAACUUCAAAGCGUGGCAGGGAACAACUACAGCAAACCGGUGAAUUGGUUGGCCUACCACCACGUUAUCCCAAACUCAAACCUGAUGAUGUCAAUAUAUUGCCAAAAAUUUCACCCAGAAACAAAUUUGAAACCGGACAAAGACGACUUUUUCGGCAUCAGUUCAAGUUUCAGGAGUCUAUGCAAUCGUCUCCAUCUCCGUCUCUGAUGACUUCCAGAAUCCUAUCAUCCCUAUCAACGCUCAAUAAUGGACCCUCCAAGAGGCAAGGACUCAAACAAAAGUUAGUGGCAUGGACGGAUAAAGGAAAGAAUUCUAUGAUGAGUAGUUCUUCCAGUGUGGAAACGAAAAAGGCUGCAAAACCAAUUACGAUCCCUUCAACGAAAAUGCUCAAAGGUCCAACCGCUUGGGUAAACUCUUCAGCUUCAGGAAAAGUGACCACGCUCUCUGAAGAUUUACAUAUGAAAGACAACCCACCCCAGAGCCACCAACGUAACGAAACUAAGAAGAGGAGGUUCUCAUCCAAGUCCAAAUCCCCAGUUCGUAAAUUGCCCAAGGAUCAGUUACCACCUCAUCGGAGAGGUUUGGUGGGUGUGGAAAUUUCCAGCUUUGAUCCUCGGUAUGGAUUCUUCUUCCGGGGUCAGAACGGCGUUCUCAAUCCGCACUUAUCGUGAUAUGCACAUCUCUUAGUAUAGUACUGCUAAAUUACAAAAUUUCAGUAGGCUUAGACGGUUCAGACAAACGAGGCUGAAGUACUUACAUAUAUUCAUACAAACUCAAAUUUCAAGCAUCGUUAUUACGCAAAUACAUUGAAAUUUCUAAAUCUCCAGUAAAAAUGCAUGUAGAGUUAUCAUUCCAUUACAUUCAAGAUUCAUUCAU